AAGAUUAGGCCAAAAAAUUUUCGCCCGGAGCUUUUACAGGUCCGGCUUUUGAACAGUCUCAAGGCUUCGAGAGUUCAGACGGUCUUAACAUAUAUCAUACCCAAUUAAGAAGCCUUUUCUUUCAUUAGUUGCGAUUUCAUAUACAUUUUACGUGUUCUUUAGCAAUAUGAACAAGACUUUUUGCUCUGAUAUCAAAGCCCAAAAACCUCGCUGUAUCAUUUUUGCGAAUAGAGUUUUGAAGCUUUGGCUUUUCCUUUUUGUGUUCAUCUCUCUCCUUCUCAUUUUCUCCUAUGGAGAAGAGACCACGAAGGACGACAAAGUUACUAAUAUCGGUGCAAUCAUCGAUGUUGAUUCGCGUAUCGGAAGAGAAGAGAAAACAGCUUUGGAAAUUGCUGUUCAAAGUUUCAACGACAAUGAUUCAAACAAUCGCAAACUCUCCCUCCAUAUUCAGGACUCUCGAAGAGAUCCCCUCCUAGCUGCUACUGCUGCUCAGAAGUUGAUUAAAGAAAAAGAAGUUAAAGUGAUCAUUGGCAUGGAGACAUGGGAAGAAGCAGCUCUGGUUGCUGACAUCGGAAGCCGUGCUCAAGUUCCAGUUCUUUCUUUUGCAGCGCCAGCCAUCACACCACCAUUAGCAGCCUCUCGCUGGCCAUUCUUGGUAAGAAUGGCUAGCGGUGAUUCUGAACAAAUGAAAUGUAUUGCAGCUAUCAUUAGUUCAUUCAACUGGAAAAGGGUUAUAGUAAUUUAUGAAGACGAUGCCUUUGGUGGUGAUUCUGGGAAGUCAGGUCUUUUAUCUAAGGCUCUUCAAGAUGUCGGUUCACAGAUUGACUACCGAUUGGUUCUUCCACCAUAUUCUUCUCUGUCUAAUCCAAAAAAAGUUGUGCAAGAGGGGUUGAUGAAGCUACUGAACAUACAAUCUCGGGUUUUUAUUGUUCUUCAGUCAUCCUUAUCAAUGACAAUACUUUUGUUUGAAAAUGCUAAGAAGAUGGGACUUGUAGGAAGACACUCAGCUUGGAUAGUUACAGAUACCAUCUCGAGUUACCUCGACUCGUUUAACGGUUCUGUGAUUUCCCCUAUGGAAGGUACUUUAGGAAUCAAGACCUACUAUUCUGAGGAUAGUAGUCUUUAUAAAAACUUUUAUCCCCAGUUCCGGAAAACUUUCAGAAAUGAAUAUCCAGAGGAAGAUAACUUUCAACCAGGUAUUAACGCCUUACGGGCAUAUGAUAGCAUUGGAAUCAUCACACAGGCCAUGGAGAGAAGGAAAAGUGAUGACAACAGUCCUCAAACAUUGUUGAAAAAUAUUUUGUCAAGCAAUUAUACUGGUUUAAGUGGUGAAAUUCGUUUUGAAGAACGGAAGCCGUCACAUGAUCCUAUACUAAGGAUUGUAAACGUGGUUGGAAAAAAAUAUAAAGAGUUGGACUUCUGGUUGCCAGGGAUAGGGUUGGCAAAGAACCAUGAACAGAACAAUGAAACUGGUUAUCUUGGUGACAUAUCUGUAGACUUGGCUGGUAGAGUCACUUGGCCUGCUGACCUAAAGCUAGUUCCAAAGGGAUGGGCAAUGCCAACAAAUAUGAAGCCAAUGCUUAUUGGAGUCCCGGCUAGAACCUCAUUUGAGAAAUUUGUAAAGGUUGAAGAUGGUAAGUAUCCAGGCGAGAAGCAUUAUGAUGGUUUCUGCAUUAAACUUUUCUAUGAAAUUCUUCGGGUUCUGGAGUAUGCUCUACCCUAUAAAUUUGAUCCCCACAAUGGCACAUAUGAUGAACUUGUUCACAAAGUCUACAACAAGACUUACGAUGCAGCGGUUGGGGACAUAACUAUACUAGCUACAAGAACAAAGUACGUAGAAUUCACUCAGCCAUAUGCAGAGUCGGGGCUGUCCAUGAUCGUACCAGCGAAGCCCGAGGGCUCAGCAUGGAUUUUCCUGAAGCCUUUCACCACGGGAAUGUGGUUGGUGACUGGUUGCAUCUUAAUCUACACAAUGCUCAUAGUUUGGUUCUUGGAGCACCAGUCCAACCCUGAAUUCCGAGGUCCGUGGAACAAUCAGCUUGGCACGGCACUUUGGUUCACGUUCUCCUCCCUUUUCUUUGCUCACAUAUUUCCAUUGUGUUGUUUGACUCUUGCAGGGGAGAAAAUUAACAGUAACCUCACUCGUGUGGUGGUUGUAAUAUGGCUCUUUGUUGUGCUGAUCUUAAACUCAAGCUACACUGCUAGCCUAACUUCAAUGCUCACCGUGCAGCGAUUGGUACCAAAUAUUACAGAUAUUGAAUCGCUAAAGAGGGCCAACAUGAAAAUAGGCUGUGAUGGUGAUUCAUUUGUAAGGACCUACUUGGAGGAGGUCCUUGAGUUUAAAAGUAAUAAUAUCCAGAAUGUCAGCAGUGAAUACAGUUAUGAAGGGGAAUUCCAGAGCAGUCACAUAGCUGCCGCCUUUCUUGAACUCCCGUAUGGGAAAGUUUUCCUCAGUGAAUACUGCAAGCGAUUUACCACCACCACACCUACGUUCAGAUUUGGUGGAUUAGGCUUCGUAUUUCAGAAAGGUUCUCCGAUCGCCGCUGAUUUUUCAAAAGCCAUUUUAAAGUUAUCUGAAGAUGGAACUCUGAAGAUAUUGGAGGAAAACUGGUUUGCUCCUUCACCAGAGUGUUCAGCCAAUGUAACCGAUGACAGUAGAACAGACAGCUUGAGCCUCCACAGUUUCUGGGGUCUUUACCUUAUGUCUGGGGCCACAUCCACCUUUUGUUUUCUACUCUUCCUCACUCACUUACUAAAGAAAUAUUGCAGCCAAGAGGAUCAUGCCGGCAACUUAUCUCUAGUCGAUGAGAGUCUCUGGAUUAAGGCAAUUAGAGUCGCCAGAUAUCUUUAUCAUGGAGAGGUUUGUAUUCAAGGGGAAGCUUCACCGGCUCCUCUAGCACCAGAUAUCAACAAAUGGAACUCUCAAAGGUGGGAUUAUGAGAGUCCAACUGACACGAACACGGAGAAUCUCGACGUGACAUCACAAGAACAAGCUGAGAUUGAAAUGAUGUAGGAUUCUUGGAUUCCAAGCUCUAUAUCUUAAAUGGCAAAGAAUCUUUGACUGAGAUUUAUUGAUAACUAUCCUCUGUUCAUGUUCAAUCCAGUUGUAAUGUAAAUGUAUACCGCGCCUCAAUCUCUCUCUUGGAAGAUUUAUAUUAACUUACCAUUGGUGGGUAUUGUGGAUGAAAAUACUUUGGCAGCCAUCUCUACUUCACACUGAACAAAUUAGAAUGUAACUAUUUUCAGCUUAAAA